AUGUUUGGCGCUCUGAACCGCCUCAUCAGCGGGCUGGACGCAGAUACAUCAGCUCAGUCGCAUAGCAGAGACAACGCAUACGGCUUCCAAGUGCUACGGAAUAAGAACCCAGAGCUGCCAUUAGAGCCGUGGUUUGAUUUUAUCAUUGGAAUCAACGGUCAUAUUAUCGACGAAGCAGACCCAAGUCUCUUUACCACGGAAGUGCGCAACUGUGCAGGAUCAAGCGUAUCAUUGGAGCUAUGGAGCGCAAAAGGCCAACGAACACAUCAAGCCAUUGUCCCGAUAUCUCCAUCGAACCCAACUCUCGGCGUAACCCUUCAACUCGCACCGCUCUCUCUAACACAGAAUAUAUGGCACGUCCUAUCAAUACCAUCACCACAAAGUCCUGCAUACCUGGCCGGUCUGCUACCACAUUCAGAUUACAUACUAGGGACACCAAGCGGGACACUGCGCGGGGAGACGGCGCUUGGCGAGCUUGUCGAGGACCAUUUGAACCGAAGUCUGACUCUGUGGGUAUACAACAACGAGUUCGACGUUGUCAGGGAAGUGGAAAUAGUUCCCAACCGGAAUUGGGGAGGUGAAGGAGCACUAGGUGCUGUUUUAGGAUAUGGUGCUUUACACAGGCUGCCUUUAGGGCUGAGUGAAGAGGUGUCAGGGCCCGGGGAGGUGGUCUUUGCAACACAGGAGGACAGCACUCAUGCUGAAACUAGCAACCCUCCAGAGCCAGCUUCUGAGCCCCAGUUCUUGAUUCCCGCCAAUAUGGUUUCUUCGACAAGUGCACCAAAGAAGACGGCGGCUCCUGGUAAGCAUGGACGAAAGAACCGCCAUGCUCAUGAAACGCCCUCGUUUGACGACUACUUUAAAGAAGGCGAGGAACGAAGUCAGAAGGAGGAUUAUAUCCCGUCCUCGAAAACAGGGCCCGUUGCGCCACCUCCAAAGGCAGGUGGCCAUGCUCCGCCGCCACCGACCAUGACACCUCCUACAGAGAAAGUAGAAGGACCGCCAGAUGAGUAG